GUACAAAUUGAGUGUACAUAUACAUACACACGUACACGAGACUUUUUGUUUCUCCUAAAAAUUCAAAUGUAAAGAUACAUAAUCAGUAGCGUUAAACGUGAUAGUAGAAUUUCACAGUGAUCCAAAGAACUUCUGAAUCGUAGACAGCAAACCCGAUAUCUACGCAUAGAGUCAUCAGACUCUUAUCGGUUGGUAAAUUAAAUCCCACCCACUUUUAGCGAGAAUAAAACAGUAAGUAAUAUCUGCUUCCAUUAGCAAUCGUUUGCAUCGCCUUUGAAUUCAAGCUCUCCCACUGAUCGAUGCAUUUGUAUACAUACACAAAAUAAGCGGUGAUAAACAAAAGAUGUUGCGUAUGCAUGUCUAAAAAAGUGGGUUAUAUAGACGGGACUGUCAAAAGAAAUGUCAGUGCCGGUCGAGCGACGGUGGCCGAAAGUAGAAGGACAUUGUUCCAUGAGAAUUCUUCCUUAAUCAUGAUUGAUCGACGCGCCAUCUUCGGAAUAAGCAGGCAAUGCUAGUUAGUGCGCAUUAGUGCGUCCGUCGAUCAGAGUAUACUCGAGUUUACCUGCCAAACGUGUAUCUAUGAUUGCUCAAGUUUGUAUACUCGUGCCAUUCUCGCUGUUGUGUUUUACUAAUUUCCCUGGAAUAUUCAGCCCGAACGGAAAUAAGAAGUAUCAGGAGCCUGCAUACGAAUUCAGAUCAAGGAAGGAGUUAUGGGGGACGCAGCGAUGAACGUCGCAGCGUCCGGUGGCGGCGGUCAGCGUGUCGUUAAAGAAGGCUGGCUUCAAAAACGCGGCGAGCACAUUAAAAACUGGAGGUCAAGGUAUUUCGUUUUACGGGACGAUGGUACACUGGUGGGCUUCAAAGCAAAGCCCGAUCAACAAAUGGCAGCAGCCGCUCAGCCUUUAAAUAAUUUUACUGUUCGAGGAUGUCAGAUUAUGUCUGUGGAUAGACCUAAGCCUUAUACCUUUGUUAUAAGAGGUUUGCAAUGGGCAGCUGUAAUAGAAAGAACUUUUCAUGUAGAUACGGAACAAGAGAGAGAAGAUUGGGUGGCAGCAAUCAGGUACGUAGCCGCUAGAUUAGCAAGUGAAAAGGACCAGCAGCAGCCUCAACCAUCUCCAAUUCAACACUCAUCUUCGUCUGAAGAUGUUGAAAUGGAAUCGUCUGGAGGCGGUAGGUCAGAUUCUGGUGGGUCUGUUGGAGUGUCGUCUUCGGAUGUAGAUGGUGGCAGUAUCGACGAAUUGUCUGCAAAAUUUAGCGUUCAAGGAACUUCUAGUAGUAAAAGUACAGGGAAGAAAAAAGUAACCCUUGAGAACUUCGAAUUUUUAAAAGUUUUGGGAAAAGGCACGUUCGGAAAGGUGAUACUUUGCAGAGAAAAAGCGACAGGACACUUGUAUGCUAUAAAGAUUUUACGAAAGGAGGUGAUCAUACGUAAACACGAGGUCGCGCACGCACUUACCGAGAAUAGAGUAUUGCGAACUACUAAUCAUCCGUUCCUAAUUUCCUUAAAGUAUAGUUUUCAAACGGCGGACAGACUGUGUUUUGUAAUGGAAUACGUGAACGGUGGAGAACUAUUCUUUCACUUAAGACGUUCUCGCAGAUUCGGCGAGGAUCGUACACGAUUUUACGGGGCCGAAAUUAUCUCGGCUUUAGGCUACCUUCAUUCACAGGGUAUCAUUUACCGUGAUCUCAAACUAGAGAAUCUUCUCUUAGACAAAGAUGGACACAUUAAAAUCGCUGACUUCGGGUUAUGUAAGGAAGAUAUAACGUAUGGAAGAACGACGAAAACAUUCUGCGGGACUCCCGAGUAUCUGGCACCAGAAGUGCUCGAAGAUAACGACUAUGGACGAGCGGUGGACUGGUGGGGCGUUGGAGUUGUUAUGUAUGAAAUGAUUUGUGGUCGAUUACCUUUUUAUAACAAGGACCAUGAGAAACUUUUUACGCUGAUUGUAAUGGAAGAAGUCAGAUUUCCAAGGACGAUCAGUAAUGAUGCGAAAGACAUGCUGGGUGGAUUACUUAUAAAAGAUCCAAGCAAAAGAUUGGGAGGUGGACCUAACGACGCGAAAGAGAUUAUGGAUCAUGCGUUUUUUUCGUCGAUUGACUGGGCGGACCUCGUGCAGAAGAAAAUUCCCCCUCCUUUUAAACCUCAAGUAACUUCUGACACAGACACCCGAUACUUUGAUAGCGAAUUCACGGGUGAAAGUGUCGAGCUUACUCCACCCGAUCAAAGCUUUUUAGGUAGCGGGGGUGGUUUGAAUUCGAUAGCCGAAGAACAAGAACAUUUUCCCCAGUUCUCCUAUCAAGAAAGUCAUUCAGCAGCAACCUCUUCCAUCGUUUCCAUUAAUCACUGACAGUAUCAAGGGUUUUCGUUGUUUAUAUACUGAGAUAUGUGGCUAAAUGCAUGGGCACAGUCAAACAAAGAGGUAUUGUCGACCGAUUUGAGAAAACGUUUUUUUUAAAGCAGAUUAAUUCAAGUAUCAUUUUUGCUAAUUUAUGAUGCUUUUUUCAUGCAUCUUCGAAUAAAUUUUAACACAUAUCUCCAAUGGCAGAUCAAGUUCGUGUGUGUCCGCGCGCGUGUGUGUGUGUAUGCACAACAUGUGCAACUACGCGCGCACACGUUGAAAUUGUACAUGAAAAAAGAUUGUGUACUAUACUACCCGAUUGAGCUAAUACUAUUUAUACCUGCUGAGUAGGUUUACAAUAACAUAAUGAUGGGGAUAAAUUUUUGUCUUAAAGCAUAGAGGAAGAAGAGUGAACGAAAACUAAACUUAAGUUCAUCCCCGAUGCUGUGUUACAUUGUAAAAUGCGGCACGCUUCUUCCAUGUGGAAGAACGAUAUUUGAUAAUCAUAGUUACAGUCCUUUGUUCUACGAAAGUGAUGAUUCAACACUUUCUAGCUUCAUCAUCAACUUUAUUAUAAUAAUUUAUGGAAGGGAAGUUCCUGGUUAUUUUUUUAAACUUAUUAGUCAACUGUUAUAGCAGAAGCCAAAAUAACAAAUUACACUUGGAAAGAAGCCAACCAACGGGCUAGUGGUGUGUAUCAAUUUUAAAAGUAGGAGCAUAGAAAAACAUUUACAGCUUUAAUUGAAUUAUCGUGUAAAUUUGAGAUCAAGAUUUUUAGCACUGAAAGGAAGCGUUUUCUUUGAUAAGUGACUAGUACUACUGAAAAAGUAGGUUUGUUUUCCUUUACUACAGUUCGCGCUUUCAUUAUGUAUCAUUGAUAAUUAAUAAUUUACUGUGAGAAUCAGAUGGAAAUAUAAAAUGCUACUCUAA